UGCUGUGAGUCUGUCAGGUCAUUGUGCUGCAACACUGAGACCAAACAUCCACCUCUGUGGGUGUGAAUCUGGCAGCAGAGAUGAGAACAAGGCUUCCUUCGUGCCCUCAUGUGCUUCAGCUUCCUGUAGCCAUCAUCACUGCAAGAAAUAUCCCAGUGAGUGAGCGUUUGGCUCAGAGCUCAACUCCAGUGGGAGUCACAAGUGGGUUCCCUGAGCUCUGUGCUUUGGGGACCAUAAGCUCUGAGCUCUCAGCUUGGCUCCUGCACCUCUGGAAGCCAACCAGAGUGUGGGGAGUGCGUGUGGUCUGUGCCUUAGCAACAGCAGCUCGUGCCAGGCAGCUCUUGGCGUCCUCCAGCACGUAGCUGGGCAAGUGUGGGCUUGGCCUCGGUUGCCAGGAGAGUAACUGGAAGUUGCUGUGGGGAGCUGGAAGCUGAGGAGGGCUGAGCUGGGGUUGCUGGCAUCAGCUGAUGGAGAAUGGCUCUGCUUGAGCCUCACAGGCAGCCAGCCUCUGCAAAGUGGUACGACCGGAGGGACUACGUCUUCAUCGAGUUCUGUGUCGAAGACAGUAAAGAUGUGAAUGUAAAUUUUGAGAAAUCCAAACUUACCUUCAGUUGUCUCGGAGGAAGUGAUAACUUUAAACAUUUAAAUGAAAUUGAUCUUUUUAAUAAUAUUGAUCCAAAUGAGUCAAAGCAUAAAAGAACAGACAGAUCUAUCUUGUGUUGUUUACGAAAAGGAGAGUCUGGUCAGGCAUGGCCCAGGUUAACGAAAGAGAGGGCGAAGCUCAACUGGCUCAGUGUGGACUUCAACAACUGGAAAGACUGGGAAGAUGACUCAGAUGAAGACAUGUCCAACUUUGAUCGCUUUUCUGAGAUGAUGAACAACAUGGGUGGAGAGGAUGAUGUAGACUUGCCAGAAGUAGAUGGGGCAGAUGAUGACUCACCAGACAGUGAUGAUGAAAAAAUGCCAGAUCUGGAGUAAAGGAAAACUUCUCGUCUUCAGGGUUUGGGGAAAGAAGUUCAUCACAACAUUUCAUAAUUGAGAUAAGAAUUCCUGAGUUGAUAGCCUUCAAAGGGAGAUCCUACAUCCUUUAACCCAUUAUUUUCCAGUCCAUUUUCAAUGGCUUCACUGAUGGUUAUGGUUAGUUGUGUGACCAUUGCACGGGGCGCUCUCAAGCCACGAGGGGCAAUAACGUGAUGCAUGAACCGUAUUCCAGCCUUCCAAAAACCCCCCCCACCCCCCCCACCGCCCCCCCUCACCUCCAGCUGUAGGCAAGUGACUGAGAGCAGUUGCAAUAACGUUUCCAGAGCCUCGGAGCAGAUGGAAUUACAAGGGGGGAGGAUCUUGAGUUCACACCAAGGGAGAAAAAGAGCAAUUAAGAGUCGUGGGGGGUGGUGGGUUCCCCUCCCCCGCCUUUCUGUGGCCUGAAAUUGUCCAUUUAUACCGGGAACAAAAGUGGCUGAAAACAAAAAGCUUGUUGGCAUUGGCUCCCCCUUCCCCCCCCUAAAUUGGGCAGGUGUGCUGCUGGGGUUGGCUUCAGGUCUUGUUCCACUAAAGUUUGUAUUGAAAAGGAAACAAUUCUCCUGGUUUUGGUGUUUUUCCCUCACUACCACCCCCCCCCCCUCCAUCCUUCCUCCCCCUCCCGGCCCUGGCAACGCUGACCCCGCAGCUUUCCUUCUUCCCCGAGGGGGGCUUUUCGAGCCCGGGCUCCUGGACGUUGUUGCUUUUCGAGCUGUUCCCUUUAGACCAAAUCCUAUUUGCACUGUAGGGGGUGGAAGGAAGCGCGUGGCAGAGCCCUGAGCGGGGGAAGGGAAGGGACGGGGGGGGGAAGGCGGCGGCGGCUUCGGAGCGGGCUGAGACGAACCGAACCUCAAUUUGUGUUGAAGAAGCAGCGGGGGGGGGAUUUUUUUAAUGUCUACAUUCUUUUUAAUAAACUGUUGAAGACUC